AUGCUACGGGCUUCGUGGACGCCGGUCAAGCUCCCCGCUUUCGGGAAAGCCUCCGAGCGUCACGAGGAACCGCAAAGGGCACCCGCGGCGGAGGUUCUUGGGCGCGAAGAGAGCCUAUUACGCAAGAUCGUGCAUAUCGCCUGCGGACCGGAACACUCCAUCGCGAUCGACUCUGGCGGCGCUGCCUGGACGUGGGGCGCGGAGGGUAGGGCAUGUCUUGGGCAUGGGGAGGCCGGCUUCGGAGCCCCUGGUGGAGGAACGGCGGUCGCGGCGGAGGCCCAAGCAAGAGCGAUGGGGCUUGCCGGAGAAGGCGGCGGGACCGACAACCGCCAAACACAAACCUUCAUCCCGCUCUCGCGGGAACGCGAGGUAUCCCGGGCGCGCGCUCGCCGAGCGUUGGCCGGUGGGUGGGCCGUUCCGCGCGAGAUCGCCUCCCUUGCCUCUCCGCCCCCGCCUCCUAAAGCGACGGCAACAAACACCCGUAACACGGGCGAAGGAACUGGGGGGGUGAAGGUAGUCGCCGCCGCCUGCGGGUUUAGCCACACGGCCCUCGUGACCGAAGACGGGAGGAUGUACCUGUUCGGGGAAGGGGCCGCGGUGGCCGGAGGCGACCUGCAAGCUCUGGAAGGGGAAAAUGGAGGCGUUGUCGAGGGGGCAGCACUGAGAGAGGCCGGGGGCCUUGUGCGGCGGCGGGGUUCGGAGGGAGGAGAAGAUCAUAAGGGGCCUGAUGCCGUAGCGGCUCUUUCAGCGGUGGCGGGACCGACCCCGGUCCCCAGGGAGAUGUGUUCAUCUUGGUUUCCUACCUUGGCGGCGCGGCGGGUGGCGGCGGUGGCGUGCGGUGGGCAGCACGUCUUUGUUCUUCUCGCUGGAGAUCGAAUCGGGUACACCCUAGGCAUGGAUCUUUUUCGAACAGCCAUGGGCACCGAGCGACACCUUCCGGGUGACCCCGCAUCAUCAGAAAGAGGCGUUCUUCGUUCGGGGGAAGGGUCCGUCGACGGAGAAAGGGAGGGGGCGGUCGGCUGGGCGAGAGGCGGGGUGGACUGCGAGCUCCUCGUGGCCGGGAGUUAUCUCCACGCUCACCGGGUUGUGCUGGCGAGGCGGUCGCCGGAAGAGCGUCCAGCGAUCAACGGCGACGACGGCGGCGACGACGGCUUGACUCCUCCUCUGCAGCUACUCCUCCCCGACAUCCGCUUCGACGUCGCCCGCGCCCUCCUGGAGUUCCUCUACACCGGCGAGCUGCGCAGCUCGCUUGACCUGGACUCUCCGCUGCCGUACGACCUGCGAGCGGCGGCCAAGUCGUACGGGGUUACGAGGCUGGAGGCGUUGUGCACGGAGGCGAUCUCGCUCGGCGGUGACCCUGGGGAGGGCGGCCCGGACGCUGGGUGGGGAGAGGUUGGGGACGGGCGGAUCAACUGUUUUGAAGCCUUAUCGACUGUUUUGAAGCCAAAACCUUCUGCUACAAUGUUUGGGACACCGUUCCAGGUCGUGCCACCGCCCUCCUUGGCCGGCGAUAUCGGCGAGGCGCUGGGAACCAUGGAGCACGCGGACGUCAAAUUCGUCGCCGGAGGCAGGCCCAUCUACGCGCACCGGGCGGUGCUGUCGUGCCAAAGCGAGUACUUCGCCGCCAUGUUGCGGUUCAGGUGCGAGGCCUUUGCGCGUGUUGUUGUUCCUGAGGCUGAGAACAGUAUCUCGGCGCUGGAGGCUGCGGAAAUGGUAAACGCGCCGCUGCUACAAAGAGCAGCUCUGUUCCAUGUUGAGCACAACCUGCACCAGGUUUCCCAACAAAAAGGCUUUCCCGAAAUCAUCUCGGGGACGCCUGGCGUGGCGGAGGUGCUUCUCUCGCGGUUGCACGCCACGGCGGCAAACGCCUCCGCGGUGUCCUCAGCGGCGGCAAGGCAAAAACGCCUCUACGCCCGCAGCCGGGAGCAAACGGUCGAAGCGGAUGGCCACGGAAAGUCCAACGGGCUGGUAGAAGGCGGCGGGGAUCCUUCAUUCAGGGCGGACUCCCCCUUCCCGUGGGGCGCCGCGCUGGUGGCCGUGGCCUGCGCGACCAUCUACUACAAGGUCUCCAAUGUCGUCGCGGUGGGCAUGUUCGUGCCCGUCGUGAACGGCGUGUUUCUCGUCUGCCUCGCCGCGUUCGCCUUUCACAAGCUCAGAGACAAGGGGCUGUUUGAGGGUGGUCGCGAGAAGAGGAUCCACCGGAGGCAGCAGUUGCAGCAGGGACGGGGGCGGUUCGUAAGGAAACGUGGGGGUUGGAGGGAGAGGAGGCGGGAGGCGGCCGGGGGCAGUGGUCGUGGUGGGAGCACCUAUCUCUUCGGAUAG